AUCUGAUGACUAUGAAGCAGCACAUCUCUCGCUCCUCAGAUCACAUCAAAAUGAGUUCACUCGGUACGUCAUCCCAUGCUUCAUAGCACCAGGACGAUGUACUGACCCAGGAACACUGUCAUGCAGUGUUCAUAAUACCCUGUACCUAGAGGUACACUGUCCUGCUGUCAAACCGUCUAUUGUUGUGAUAUCAGACUCUGGAAGGAAUGUCCUUGAGUUUGGCAACAUCUCUUUAGGUCAAUCACAAUUGAGGAAUGUCACAAUUCAGAAUGUUUCCAAUGAAACUUUAGAUCUGUCUUCCUCAUUGCUAGAUCCUCACGGUCCAUUUCAGAUGCUCAAUGCAUUGAGGACAUUGGAUCCCCAAGCAGCCCAUACUGUUGUUCUGGGGUUUGAACCAAACGCGCCAAAAGAGUUCAACGAGGAACUAGAGAUCCGCUGUCCUCGUAACACAGUGUCAAUCAGACUCAAGGGUAAAGGCGUGACGCCUGUGAUCUCGCUGUCUGUUCCUGAUGGUCUGUUGGAUAUAGGAGACGCUAUGGUUUCUGAUUCGGUCACGUCAACCUUUAAGAUCUCCAACACAUCAGAGCUGUCUAUUUCCUUCAAGCUCAAACUAGACAGUCAGUCUCCUCUUCGUCAUGGUAAAGCUCAAGUCACACCAAGAUAUCUUAAAGCAUUUGAUGAUUCUGCUGAAACACAGCCACACGUUGUCGGUCCUUCAAACUACAAUGGUAUUGCUGUUAUUGACUGUGUUCCAGCACAAGGAGUCAUAGGAGCUGGAGAGUCCAAAGAAAUCAGCGUAACAUUCUCCCCAGACCAUCCCAGCAUACACUACGCGGAUGUGAUGACUGUAGAAAUUAACAAUGGGGACCAAGCACAGACGAUUAAGCUGGAAGGUCGAGCCUGGCCGACCUUGGUGUACGUGCGUGGUUUUGAUGAGUUGAUGCCUAAUAUAGAAUCACUGGUGCCGGAGCGUGAACCCGAGGAAGAGGAAGAAGCUAAAGCGACGAUGAAGAAUGUUUUGUUGACAUUCAAAAGCUGCUCGAGUCCCGAGGGAUUCGGCGUGGCGGAGAGAAUCCUUGAUAUAGGCUGCAUAAAAUCCAACCUACAGACUAAGAAGUCAUCAGAUUUCUAUUUCGAGAAUCCAAAAGAAGCGAACGAAAAAGGAUUUACGUUUGAUCCCAUGAAGGCAGGUGUGGAUAUCGGAGUAAAGAGAUCUGUUUUGUGUAAAUGGCAGCCACCGGCAGGACACGACCCCAAUACGCCAGUCGUAUCAAGCACAGUGUUGACGAUCAAGGCGGACAUCACAACACAGUACAAGAUUCUACUACAAGGGUUUGUAACAACAAUGCCCCAGGCUCCCGCUGACCAACAGCCUGCGCCGUCCAAAGAAGGGAAAUAACUCAAAGAUAAUAAUAUUUCUUUUGUGGACUCUAUCUAUAUUUUCAUAAAAGGAACUGCAAAUAGGGAAAACGCAAAGACGUUAGCUGUAGCUGUCGCAUCUUGGAUUGCCUUAGUUCAGCAGGAACUUCAUUCAUCACUUUUGCGCGUGCUUAAAAAAUAGCAUUUUCCCAUAGCAAAACUUUGCGCAAUUUUAACUCUUUCAAUGUGAACUCUUUAUUAAUAUUUUUCAUACAAGAAAAAUAUGGAAACCGCAAAGAAUUUUGAUGUUGUCACAGUUUAGUAGGUACUCAAUUCAUCGCUUUUGCGCAUGUUUUGAUAUUCAUUUUUUCCAGAGCGAAAUUUUCCGCAAUUUUAGUGAAGAUGUUCUCAAGUCAAAAAAAUACAGCUAGAUUAUCGAUUCAAUUUCUGGUUUGGAAACCUUGCGCGUGCGCAGUGUAACUAAAAACGAAAUAACAAUAAACAGGAAGCCAUUUUAGUGCCAUCCCGUGGGAAUGCUAUUUACAGAAUAUCCCCGGUUUUAACACACAACACUGCGAAUUUAAUGUUCAUUCUUAUUUCGCAUGCUGUAAAUUAUAAAACUUGUAAUAUAUAUUAUAUUAUUAGGGUUAAAAGCUCAAGUUUCGCUACGAA